AGCGCCCUUGCAGCCCUGCCCCCGCAGGUGGCCGCCUGCCUGCUGCUGUUCCUGGAGGAGGAGGACGCCUUCUGGAUGAUGUGCGCCAUCGUGGAGGACCUGGUGCCGGCCGCCUACUUCGGCGCCGCGCUGACGGGCGUGCAGACGGACCAGCGCGUGCUGCGGCAGCUCAUCGUGCAGUACCUGCCCCGGCUGGACCAGCUGCUGCAGGAGCACGACAUCGAGCUGUCCCUCAUCACGGUGCACUGGUUCCUCACGGCCUUCGCCAGCGUCGUGCACAUGCGGCUGCUGCUGCGCAUCUGGGACCUGUUCUUCUACCAGGGCUCGCUGGUGCUCUUCCAGACCACGCUGGGCAUGCUGCGCAUGAAGGAGGAUGAGCUGAUCCAGUCCGAGAACUCGGCCUCCAUCUUCAACACGCUGUCAGACAUCCCGUCGCAGAUGGAGGACCCGGAGGUCCUGCUGGCCGAGGCCGUGCGCCUGGCCGGCUCCCUGACCCACGCGGCCGUGGAGGCGCAGCGCCGCAAGCACCUGGCCUACCUCCUGGCCGAGCAGGGCCAGCUGCUGGGCCCCGGGGCCGCCGCCGCGGGCCUCUCCAAGGUCGUCCGGCGCAGGACUCAGCGCAGGAAGUCGGGCAUCGCCUCCCUGCUCUUCGGGGACGAGGACCUCGAGGCCUUGAAGGCCAAGAACAUCAAGCAGACGGAGCUGGUGGCCGACCUGCGGGAGGCCAUCCUGCAGGUGGCCCGUCACUUCCAGUGCGUGGACCCCAAGAACGGCAACGUGGAGCUGACCCCAGACUACACCAUGGAGAGCCACCAGCGGGACCACGAGAACUACGUGGCCUGUUUCCGCAGCCAGCGGCGGCGGGCCAAGGCCCUGCUGGACUUCGAGCGCCACGACGACGAUGAGCUGGGCUUCCGGAAGAAC